UAAUGAUGACGGUGAUACGGUGGAUGAUGGGACCUAUGCCUUGCCAUGGCAAAGUGGAAAGGAGCUUUCCAAGCUAUGGGACGAGAUAAUUCCAUGCUUUGAAGGCGGAAGAAUGCCAAAACGGAUUAUGGAACUAGGGUCGGGAGCUCUGGGAUUGGUGGGAUUGUCCUUUUGCGUCAGUCUGCAAGAAGGGUUACUGGAAGCAAAAUCUACAGUGCUCUUGACCGAUGUGCCAUCGGCCAUGCCACUGUUGCAACACAACUUGGAACACAAUCAAUCACUCUUGCCAGAUGGACUCGUGGUAAACGCCAAACCACUUCCAUGGGCAAUGGACCGUCCAGACGACGACAAUCAUGAGGCCAAGACUAAUGAACCACCGUAUGAUUGCAUCUUGGGAUCUGACUUGCUGUACAAUGAAAAGUUCAUCCCGCAUUUGGUAGCUACCACCAAACGAUUGCUUCAUCCGAUACGUGGCAUUUUCAUUCUGGCCGUCCGUUGGAGAAAACCAGACCUGGAACGGGAAUUCUUUCAGGAAUCAGGAUUGGUGUGGGAACUGAUCCAGCCUACGUCUGGAGCUCUGAGCUGUCCUUUGGACUGGAGAGCUUUUGGCGAUCCAAAGAAUGAAAAAUCCAACUUGUAUUUUCAUCAGACGCAAAUAUCAGUCAAAGGCAAACCAAAGGCGCUCGCUGACAUUACAGAGGAGGAAUCUGGGAAACUACUGGCCGAUGAAUUUAAAGCAUGGGACCGGGCACACAUACAAAUCUACAUAGGUAGACAACCCAAAGCAGCCUGA